UCUCAUAAUGAUUAAAGUUGGUCGUUCGGUUUUCGUGCUUCAAGCACUAUUAAUAGGUGUAUCAUUACUGGAGCAGGUGUCUCCAAACGUGGUUUUGAAAACUACUCUGCAGAGUGAUCAGAACAAUAUUCUGAUUUCUCCCUUUCUCAUGGCAGAAGGCUUGACUCAGCUAUUUUUAGGAGCCGAGGGACAAACCGCCGAGGAACUUAAAUUUGUAAUACCUUUCUUCAAUGGAAACAAUAAUUCGGAUAUUAACGAAUACAUACAGGAGGAUCGUAACCAAAUUCGGUCUAAGGCCUUAAAAUACGGAAAUUCUUUAUUUGUGGCAAAAGAUGUGGACAUAUUUGCAUCAUAUGAUGAAAAGAUCAGGCAAAUAUUCAAUACUGAUGUUAUGAAAGUGAACUUCGGAGACUCUUCUAAAACAGUUUCCGAAAUCAAUGACUGGGUAGCCAAGCAAACGGACUACAAAAUUCGUGAAAUAGUUCAGGAAACUAGCGAAGAUAUAAAAAUUAUGCUAGUGAGCGCUAUAUACUUUAAAGGUUUUUGGCAAUAUCCAUUUGAAGUAUCAAAUACGCAAAAAAGGGUGUUUUAUUUACCACAGGAAAAUGGAAAGUCCGAAGACACCAUUUUGGUCGACACCAUGGCCAGAGAAGGUGAAUACAAAUAUAGAUUCUUGAAAUAUUUAGACGCUGACGCUAUAGAUCUGCCCUAUGCCGAGUCUAAUAUAUCUAUGGUAAUAAUUAAGCCGAGAAAAGUGAACGGCAUUGAGAAACUCAUGGCCGAUUUGAACAAUGUUAGCAUUCAUACCCUUUUUGAGGACCGCUUCUUGGAGACAGUUAAACUCUUUUUGCCCAAGUUUAAGUUCGAAUAUAGUGUGAAUCUCAAGGAAAUGCUACAAAGCAUAGGCAUUCAUGAAUUAUUUCAGUCAGCUAAUUUAAAAUCUAUGACUGACUUUGGAUCACCCCUAUAUGUCAGUGAUGUCAUCCAGAAAGGUUUUAUUUCCGUCGAUGAAGAAGGAACUACAGCAUCGGCUGUCCAAGAAAUUAAUAUACAUGCCAGACAUGCCAUAGAUGUCUUCGAGGUUAACCAUCCGUUUAUAUUCUAUAUAAAAGACAACAAGAGAAUUUACUUUGCUGGACAGGUUAACAAUCCCCUAUAAGAAAUUUUACUUGAACUUAUCCUAUUAAGGGCCGUUUUUUCAAUGCCUCCUUAAAACCUAUAUGGUUGAUAAUUUGUCAUAAAGAGCCAAUUUAGUUUUUUCAUUAUCACAAUAGAGCAAUGUGAUUUUUAAGCACUAUACGUUAUUUCAUUCGACAUAUAAGUCAAAUGUGAUUUAUAAAUAAAGCAGUUGAGAAAGCAGGUGACUAAUCGUUUCUGCUACUAAAAAUGAGA